CUCCGGCUGAAUGGGUGCACAUUCAUUCUGGAGAUGCUAUGAUUGUGUGCUUGCAGCAUGACUGCUAUGGUCUCCGACAUCAUAAACUGUGCAACUGUUGAACAAGCUUAUGGACUGUCAGAAGGCGGGCUGUUGGCCACUUCCUCUUUAAUGCCUGCAUGUGCCAGAGAGAAAGAGAGAGGGUGUAUAUGUGUGUGUGCGUGCAAGCUCUACGCAACUGCAAGCAGAUAGCUUAACCUCGUCUACCACAGGUUCCCGGGCUGUAGAGACUGGAACACCCCCCCCACGCGUACCCUGUAGACGGUAGGCUUCUCACUUACAACAACACCCAUCCAGAUAUGGGUGCAGAGAGACAGUUUAUGUUUUGUUUGUCUCGUUUUGGUCUUCGGUCAGUUUCAGGCAUCUGGAAAUAUAUCCUCUGUGUGUGACUGAGGGUUUCUGUCGAUGACACCUCCGCCUCACAGCCUGAUAAAUGCUCACCUGGUGUCGAGAUGAGUUCCACAGGCUCCGACGGGGUUGGGGGGAACUCCUCCGACUGCAAGCACGACCUGAAUGACUGGGAGCAUGCAAUGGAGCAGCUGUACACCUGGCUCUACCUGAUCAUCCUGGUUCCCGGGUUGUUAGGCAAUACCUUAGCCCUCUGGGUUCUGUGUCGCUUUAUAAGAAAAAAGACCAAGGCGGUGAUUUUCAUGAUCAACCUGGCGGUGGCCGACCUGCUGCACGUCCUCUCCCUGCCGCUGCGCAUCUACUACUACUUCACCCACAGCUGGCCGUUUGGGCACGCCAUGUGCCUCCUGUGCUUCUACCUGAAAUACCUGAACAUGUACGCAGGCAUCACCUUCCUGAUGUGCAUCAGCAUCCAGCGCUGCGCCUUCCUCAUGCACCCUUUCUGCGCCAAGGGCUGGAAGCGCCGCUACGAUGUCCGCAUCAGCACCGCCGUGUGGCUGGUGGUGGGACUGUGUUGCACGCCCUUCAUACUCAUGAGAAUUAGCAGCAGCGGCGGUAGUUCCACCCAAGAGAGUCCUGUGACUAAUGUCUCCUCCCACGCCGACCUGCCCAACACCUCCAGCUGCUUCAAAGACCUGCCCAUGCGUAAGCUGGAGCUGCAUCAGGCUGUGCCCAUGAUUGCAUUCGCUGAGCUUUUUGGCUUCGUGCUGCCUCUGACGGUGAUCCUGGUGUGCUCGUGCCUGAUCCGCCGCUCACUGCGCAAGGCCGAUCAAGAGCGCAGCAGGGACACCACCCGCCGAGCCCUGCGCAUGGUGCUGGUGUGCACGGGCGUAUUCCUGGUCUGCUUCGCCCCGUACCACAUCAACUUCGUGCUCUACAUGAUGGUGUCGCAGCAGCUGGUCACAAAUUGCGACGUGGUGCUGGCCGUGCGCCGCUUCCAUCCGGUCUCGCUGUGCAUCGCCAGCCUCAACUGCUGCCUCAACCCUCUCAUCUACUACUUCCUGACAACCGAGUUCCGCGACCAUCUGGUGCGCACCGGUAGUUCCGUGCUUAGGGGACGCCUGAUGAGCAUGGAGAGCACCUCCUCGGCAAAGGAGUAACUUUCAGUUUCCAGAGGUUAAUAAAAUGUGUGUGUGUGUGUGUGUGUAUCUCCGUCCUAAAGGGCUGACUGAUGAGCCUGGAAAUCAUAUGCUCUGGAAGGGAGUAACUCUGACCCCUAUACCUCCCUGUUACAAGGGAAUCAUUUCAAUUCAAUUCAAUUCAAUUCAAUUCAAUUCAAUUCAGUUCAGUUCGAUUCACUUUUACUCAUUUAUAAAGCUCCAUUGACAACAGACGUUGCCUCAAAGCCUGCGCCCCCUAGAGCAGGCCCAAGGGGACGGUGGCGAGGGAGAACUCCCUGUGUGGAGCCACUUCUAGUGGGGGACUGGGCAGUCUGGGGCUCCUCACUUAGCAGAGUGACUGGCAUUAACUAGGGGGUCAUUUUUUCAGCUAGCUAGACAAGACCAUAUUUUUCCAUAUGGUUGUGUGGGGGGAUUGCAUAUACUGCAUAUGUGUUGAUGGAUUGGGUGGUACUUUCUCAUAUAGAGUAUAGCUGGACUAUAAUAUGGUACCCCUUGGUUAAAGCACUAGUAAUAAUGUUGGCUAGAGAAUCUGUUUUGUGCAAUUUGUUUUGCGUAGAGCAUUUCUCAGAAAUGCAAAGGCUGUGAUCGUGUCAUCCCCUUUGUAGACCUGCAGAAAAAAAAUCAAUAAUAACUCCUAAAUAAAUAAUUGGUACAUUUAGAGAUGGCCCUAAGCCAGAACAGAAAAUGUCAAACUCUGAACUUAACCACACACACACAUGGUGAUAUGGUAGAUAGAACCUUUGAAGAAAAAAAGUAAAACAAACCAUCGUGGUGUUAUUUUCUUUAAACAUUACAGAGCGAUGGCUCCCCUUCUCUGACAGGGGGCAGAUGACAAAGCCUGUUUCCCACAAGAGGAUGGUUGAACUCUGUUUCCUAAUUGAGGAAGGACAGACACAAGGGACACUGCAAACCUGAACCCUGGGAGAAUGCUCCCUCCAAGUGUUGCACUACGCCGAUGUUGCACUUAAACAAACUUAAACAAAUAAACAAUGUCUCUUUUAAAAAUAAAUUCCACUCCUUAUAAAAGCUCUGGAACCCCCCCCCCCCAAUUCAAUUUCCAUUUACUGACGCAAACAACUCUUAACUCAGCCUGUCAGCUCAGCUGCUAUGCUGCCAAAUUAUCUGACAGUUAGUCAGUGGAAAGUCCAUCAGGUGCUUUUAUUUUUCCCUCACCAUUCCUUGUAUAGUUUCACUGCUAAAUAGGGCAAAUUAAAAGGUUUAAAACCUAUUAGCUUGAAUUAGGGCACCUUUCACAUAUACACUCAUGUAGCCAUUUUAAUUUUUGUUUCAAAGAGAAGAGAAAAUGAAGUACUCAAUAAGCUACAGUUCUUAGGAAAACUUUUACAAACUUUCACACUUUUACUUUUACAAAACUUUUACUUUUUGGCUUUAUCAAUAAACUACACAAGUACUACACAAUUUGAACAUUUCUGCAUAUAUAUGAUUAAGUUGACUGACAACACAUAUAUCAUGUGUGAGUAUAGAUAGUUCUGAUUCUGCAGGCUACUUCUGUUCUGACACAGGUGGAAAAAUGGCAGUUGGAAAACCACUUCUCUUUUCAUGGUGUUAAGCAGGAUGCCGAUUUACAUGAAUCCCUUUCACAGGACACCCACUCUCCAUUUGUGAAAAGACUGAAUUAAUGAAUGUUGUAUAUGGUUACAUUCACACAUCAAUAUUGUAAUCUCUCUCUCUCUCUCUCUCUCUCUCUCUCUCUCUGGGUUGGAUGGGUGUAGUAGUGUAUUCCUUAUCACAUUGUUUUUUAAAUCAAUUUAUAUCAACAAGAAGUUGAUAUUGCUUGUGACUGCCAUAUUUUUUAAUCAUUGUAGUUCAUUUGGUUUUAUUUUUUUUAUACAAUAUACAAAAUGAUAUAUGCAGCCUUAUAGGCAGGCUGUAUAAGAUGUUUGUUGGAAUAAGCUGCCUCUUAUUCAGAAGUUCUGAAAAAGCACUAGACUAAGCAUUUAAUGUAUGAGCCAGUGUACUUUGCUGAAGGACUAAUCAUGCGCUGCUUCAUGUGUAUUUGUGUCUGUCAGUUUCUGUUGAGUCGUGUCAAACAGAGUUUGAUCAAAUAAAGUGAGACUUUCUGCAA